GUGAAAGAAUGAAUUUCAAAAUCAGUAAAAACCUACGGAAGAACUUUAUAAUCUAACAGUCCCUCCUCAGUUUAAUCAGCCACCAAAAACCCACUGCUAUCCUAUGAACUGAGCAGUCAACUUCUUUGUAUACCACAAACAUAUACAUACAAACAUAUGUAUGUAUACACAUGGUGCUGAAGCUUGAGAAAAAGAUUUGAUUUGGGUCGAAAUGGGUAACAUAUUUGUGAAGAAACCAAAGAUUACAGAUGUUGAUCGUGCCAUUCUUUCUCUCAAAACCCAACGGCGCAAGCUUGCUCAGUAUCAACAACAGCUGGAUGCUGUGAUUGAUGCUGAAAAGCAAGCUGCCAAGGACUUGCUUCGUGAAAAGAAGAAAGAGAGGGCCUUGUUAGCAUUGAAGAAGAAGAAGGUGCAAGAAGAAUUAUUGAAACAAGUCGAUACUUGGCUCAUUAAUGUUGAGCAGCAAUUGGCAGACAUUGAACUAACAAGUAAACAGAAGGCCGUUUUUGAGAGUCUGAAGACAGGUAAUAAUGCUAUCAAAGCUAUACAAAGUGAAAUAAACUUGGAAGAUGUUCAGAAACUGAUGGAUGACACUGCAGAAGCAAAAGCUUACCAAGAUGAAAUUAAUGAAAUUUUGGGCGAGAAGCUAUCUGCAGAAGAUGAAGAGGAGAUCUUAGCAGAAUUUGAAAAUCUUGAAAUACAGAUGUCCCUUCAAGAAUUACCAGAAGUUCCUGCAAAGGCUCCGACUUCUGAAGAUCUUGAGGAUUUGGACCUUCCAGAUGUACCAACUAAAGCACCAGUCGCAUCGGAGGUGGUUGAAACGAAAGCGCAGAAUCCCUCUUCAGCAAGUAAAGUUAUGGAAGAGCCUUUGCCAGCUUGACCAGGAUUGGUCAUGGAUAGCACAUGCAUCCGCUAGAUUUCUGUUGGCUAUCUUGGUAUGGGAUGUUUCUUGGUCUCCACUCCAAUUGUAAACUAAUGUGUCGUCGUGUAUCUCCGGACUUCUGGUGCUUUGUGCAAAUGUAUACUACACAUCUGAUUGUCAGAUUUACUAUAUGUACAGAACAAUUUUUUUGGCCACAAAAGUAUCUUCCAUUUCGAACCAGACAUUAUUUUUUACACUCUUAAAUUAGCUGCCAUGGUUCUGUUCCAUGUGAUAAUGUAUGAAAGAAUUUCCUUCCUAAUUGGAAGUUGAUCCACCACCUUGUGUGAUUGAAUUCGUGUUUUAAUGUUGGCAACAGAGUCUUAUAUUUACUUUGUACUAA